UCUCAAGUCGAGGCUCUCUCCGACGGCCAAUCAAAUGCGAUGUUACCGUUACGUCACAAGAUGCAAAUGAGUAGAGCAGCCAUCUGCUGAUGUCUAUGUGGUGGUGGUGUUGAACAUUUUAUAUUCAUAUAUUGCCUCAAAAGUUUAUUUUGUUGUCCACGGUUCGUGCAGAUAUUUCUUUCCAUGGCAUGAUUCUUCUUCUAAGACCGAGUCAUGGCUCAGGAUGUUAGGGAGCCAUAUUUCGACGAGACAGGCUCGACACAUUCGGUGUCCACCGCUAGUGAUGUUCAUGAACAGGGCUGGGAUCGACCUUACCCGAGAAGAAUACGAUCUUAUAAAUCGCCGGACGGCUACCGAAAGGAAAUUGACGGUGGCCGAACAUCUGACACCAGCAGUCUAGAAGAGGAGAGAGAGAUCUCUCGACGAGAUUUGCAAAGGAGAGCUUUAGAGGCCCUUGAGGCAGCACGGUCCAAGCAAGUGGCAUUUGCCGUGAGAACAAACAUUCCUUAUGAUGGAAGUGCAGAUGAUGAUUCUCCAGUUCACGGAGCAGCCGUUUCAUUUGAAGCCAAAGAUUUUCUUCAUGUUAAAGAGAAAUUCAAUGACGAUUGGUGGAUUGGAAGAGUAGUAAAGGAAGGAUGCGACAUUGGGUUUAUUCCCAGCCCUAGCAAGUUAAAUUCACUUCAGCAGAUGGGUUUGAGCAGUGUCGGAGGAAAAGGAAGUAAAACAGCUACAAGUAGGUCUGGUAGUGUCUUUCAGUUUGAGGGAAUGAUGAAUCAAGCACAAUCUCCAACAAAUACAUCACCCUCCAGGCAGUCAUCAACAUCAGGACAAAGUAAGUACAUUGUUAACAUAAAUUAUGCCAUUUCUGUAGAAGGCGCUGUUGUAAGCAAAAAAGACAGCAGUAUCCCAGUUGGUGCUGCUUAUAAGGGAGACGGGUUAUACAAUCUUUAUUGUCUGGGCUGUACAUCAAAUUAUUCUUCAGAAGCCAGUAUGUUGCUUCAUGACUGGGAAAUUGACGGUGGCCGAACAUCUGACACCAGCAGUCUAGAAGAGGAGAGAGAGAUCUCUCGACGAGAUUUGCAAAGGAGAGCUUUAGAGGCCCUUGAGGCAGCACGGUCCAAGCAAGUGGCAUUUGCCGUGAGAACAAACAUUCCUUAUGAUGGAAGUGCAGAUGAUGAUUCUCCAGUUCACGGAGCAGCCGUUUCAUUUGAAGCCAAAGAUUUUCUUCAUGUUAAAGAGAAAUUCAAUGACGAUUGGUGGAUUGGAAGAGUAGUAAAGGAAGGAUGCGACAUUGGGUUUAUUCCCAGCCCUAGCAAGUUAAAUUCACUUCAGCAGAUGGGUUUGAGCAGUGUCGGAGGAAAAGGAAGUAAAACAGCUACAAGUAGGUCUGGUAGUGUCUUUCAGUUUGAGGGAAUGAUGAAUCAAGCACAAUCUCCAACAAAUACAUCACCCUCCAGGCAGUCAUCAACAUCAGGACAAAUUGACAAUGAAAAUGGUCUGGAUUACGACGAUGAACAAAGCCCGUCAAGUCCAACUAACAAAUCCUUGCCAAGGUCAGUGUCAGGAACGACGGUCUCCUCCCAAGGAACACAGAGUGGAAAAUCCAAAAAGCCAUUCUUCAAAAAGCAACAAGAACAAUUCUCACCUUAUGAUGUUGUACCCUCAAUGAGGCCCAUUGUGUUACUUGGACCUUCUCUAAAGGGUUAUGAGGUCACGGAUAUGAUGCAGAAGGCUUUGUUUGAUUAUAUGAAACACAAGUUUUCUGGAAGGAUAACAAUAUCGCGUGUUAAUGCUGACAUAACUUUGGCGAAAAGGUCAACUCUUUCGAAUCCCAGCAAGAGACCAAUAAUAGAAAAAUCAAAUACUAAAUCAGGACUUGCUGAAGUACAGCUAGAGAUUGAGCGGAUAUUUGAAUUGGCUCGAGGGCUGAACUUGGUAGUGUUAGACUGUGAAAGUGUCAACCAUCCAACUCAACUCUUCAAGACGUCUUUAGCUCCUCUGCUUGUCUACAUCAAAAUCAAUUCACUCAAGGUCUUACAAAGGCUAAUAAAAACACGUGGCAAGUCACAGUCUAGGAAUCUCAACGUUCAGUUGGUGGCGGCAGAAAAAUUAGCACAAUGCGGUGACGAUUCUUAUGAUCUUGUCUUGGAUGAAGCACAGCUUGAUGACGCUUGUGAUCACCUAGGAGAAUUCCUCGAGAGUUACUGGAGAGCAACACAUCCUCCAAACCAACCAGGCAGCAGGCUGCCGACAGUCCAGCCUUCUCCAUCAAGUCAGCAGUAUCACACCGUGGACUCAAAUGAACGGCCCAGUGUUUACCUGUGACAUAUGUAGCGUUGCAUUACAAAGCAACUCUAUUUUGCCCGAGUUCAAUUGGACAGAAUUUACUACCCAAGAUGCAUUGCAUGUGAGGCUAGUCUAUGUAUUCAUGGCCAUUGGGGAGAAACAAGGUAGUGAAGAGAAUUGAGACAUUUCACAGUACAGACAAAUCCAAAAACUCACGGAGUUAACAUUGAAGUGUACAGUGAAAGUGUUACGUUGCCGGGUAUCCCUUGAGGGAGCCUGGGUCGAGAUGUACAAUGUAUUAUGUAAUGGCAAGGCAACUAUCAUACUCAGCUGCGGAUUUGCUUUGGAGAAGACAAAUGGAAUAAGCUUACACGAAGAGUGCAUCACCCUACACAAGGACUGCUAAGUAUUUUUACCCAUUUGUUAAUAGUUUAUGGACUAGAAACUAGAGGAUCUAGAGAACCGACUGCAUUGCGCGCGGGAUUAGAAACCAGUCAAGCUGAAGGUUUGUGUCAAAAUCGUAGUUAGGAAUCCAAGAAAUUUAAUCGAUGGUGGAAUGGGUAGGACUAGCUGAACGUGUUAUGUGGAUGAAGUUACAGAACUUUUUCUGUCAACUAAUAACGGGUGGAAGUCGUAGAGCCAUCGUUGCUAAUGCAAGCACUUCUCUUGCCUCUUCUUGUCGGUGUUCCGUAUUGUUAAGAAAACUACAUAUGCAGGCACUAGGCUUUUAUAUAAUAAUGCUUGACCUAUCAUUCUUACUUCUCCAAGUAAAUGUUUCGCGUUCCAAACAGCUUGCAGAAGGUUUCUUGCUGGACGGGUGUUUUGCUAAACUGCGACAGUGGCAAAACUGUUGGAGAACACUAGAAUUUGUGAAGUGCAAGAGGCGACAAAUAGGUGGCAAUUUUGGCACAAGUAAUUCUCUUCGUUCUUGCAGUUGGCUAGUUAAAUAAACCUUUCUGUAAUCAGUGAACCCUUUUAAUAACUCACUAGCCUGGAUAACGUGGUUCCGAUUUUUUAAAGCAUACUGCAGUACUAGUGUUAAAGUGCAAGCCAUCUAGCACACUUCACAAAGCCAGUCUUCUUUCUCCCCUUGCCCGGAAAAGAAUUGUACACAAUCGUAGAACAGUAGUCGGGAAAAGUAAUUAUCUAGUGACAAAAGACACAAGUAUGGCUCAGAGCCACUUUAUUGUUAACUAUUUUAUAUUGUUUUAAGAAAGCAAUGUGGUUCCUACCUACUUACAAUGAGAAUUUGCACUUCUUUGUUAUGUAACAUAGCCUUUACUUGUGACAACAGCGUUUUUUUAUAAGUAGAGAAUAUAGUGAGUAAGUAAGUUUUGAGCUGAAGAGAACGAUUGGGCAAAGGGUACUUCUCUUUUGUGCUGCCAAAGGUUCAGUUUUGUAGCAAAUUUAGCCAUCGCCAAAUUCUGUUCCACUUUAGAAGUUAAUUUAAGCUGUUCUAGAUGCGCAAGGCACUGGGUCUAAUUACUCAUUUGCCUGUUAAUAAGACGUUGUAAAUGUUUUUCCGUAACAGGUAGAGUAGAUAAGUCCUUUUGAUUUGCUUUUUCGUAAAUGGUUGUGAAUUCAGUCGCUCUGGUAAUAUUCCAUAGCUGCACGGGUGAGAUAUUUUUACUCUGAUGUAAGUUUAAAAUUAUGAACCUCCAUAAGUCUGUGCGCUAGUUAUUUCUUGGAGGUUUUUGUUGUAUAGCAGUUCUAUUUAACUUAGCGCUAGCAGAUAAAGUUAUUUUUAAAGAGAUUGCCAAACGUAGGUUAUCGCAGAAUGGCAUUGUACAGAUAUAUUUGUACAGACGAGGCGAGAAAUGAAAGCUUUUUGAAUCUGAUCAGGGGGUGAAACAAUUUCCUCAGUGUUAAAUUAUUCAUUUCAUGGACAGCUAAGUUUUUUUGUUUGUUUUCACUACUUUUCAAUAAUUUUUCAAUAGUAAGUUUGUAUGUCUGUUCUGCCAUCACAAGAUAUCAAAAUCUAAAUUCUCCUCUUAAUAUCGAUGUUGAGCAAGCCAACGCUUAGUGAGAAAUAGUGUAUUAAUCACCAGAGAGAAACUCUCCAACUUAUCGUAUUGCAGUAAAUUUUCGCGUCAACUUUAUUUCGCGAUUCGGGAAGAGCGACACCAGAAUUUCGCACUUUUGAGUAAUUGUUUUGAAACCAAAACAUUUUUCGAGAUUGUAUGGUAGAGAUCAAAGAUUAAAAGUUAAAAAGCUUGUCGAAAGGAAAAGGAAGAAGUUUGAAAGCUUUUAAGAGAGGUAGCGACAAACAUGAACGAAUUUUCGGAUACCGUGCGAAAAUGCGUCUGAAAUUUUAAUUAAGUGAGGAUGGUGGUACGGGAAUAAUUGGUCUUUAAUUGGCAUUUAGUCGUGUGCCUUCUAAUUUUCGAGCCAAUUUCGUAAUAUUAACAUUUUUGCCAUUACUAAAAAUUCCCUGUUAAGAAUUUAGGAAGUUAAUUUGGAAGUUGAUAUCUUGAAAGGUUAUGUGCUUGAUGUGAUUUUAAGCAAAGCUCAGCGGGCCAUAAUGACGCUUCUUUAUACGCUGUGACUUGCUAUAAUUUUCUUGUACAAUUUGAAACUAUGCUGUCCUUGUCAUUUGUAUUUGUAAAGCAAUUUGUUUAACACUGGGAAAUAUUCUGUUACGCUUCGCGAAGGUAUGUAUUUAAGUGUUAGGAUAAAUCUAAAAAUAUAUUGCUUUCUAGUUGACUGCAGUGUCGAGAACUUGGAGCAGCCCAAUAGAAUUAGAAGGUCGUCAUAGCUGAUUCACAAUCAGAACUGUAUCGAAGUUCAAUAGACAAAUAAUUAUGACAAAAAAUUAUCAGUAAUAUUAUAUGAGGUACGUAUAUUUUGCCCUGAUCGUGUUUGCCAAAGUAUGGAAAGUAAUGAAAUAUACGUUUUUAUCCCACUUUUGAAAUAAUCUUUAUUAUGAGACUUUGCUGUCUCAACACAUGUAAUAGAGUUUUUGUUUAUCUCUUGAAAAUGGCGCCUUCGCCAUUCACUGCUAUUUAAAAAAAAUCGGUAGACAGUACAGCUUACAAAAACACUGGAACUAAAAUUUUUGCAUUGCGGUUUUAGCCAGGUUGUUUCUCUUACUGUAAACAAAUGUUACGGACAUCACUCUCUUAAUAACCACCCCAGAGAGUCAGUGCCGCUCGCGAGCUGUGAUCGUUGAAGUACACAAGGAAAUAUAUAAAAAAAAAACACUGGAAAAUAUUAUUACACAAUUCAAGCUUCCAAGCUUAUCAAAUUUGGAAUCUGAUAACAAUUUUCAAGAAGAUUUUAGUGAAGCUUCUAUUGCAUGACGGCAUCGUGCAUUUGGUUUCAAAAUACAAUUCUGCGAUCUUGUCUACCAGAACAAUCUUUACGGCGUGUAACUGUACUCGUGCGCGGACUCUCUGAGUGGUUUGGAGUGGAGACUAGAGACUAAGUCACUUUAUUGAAUGUUAAUUAUUGUCGUGCCUCCUUAAGAAGCAAUUUGGUUCUCUGUGCAAUGCUCAACAGUGAUUUGUAAAUAAAUUUUCAACACUUAACAUG